AUGUUUUUGAAGUAUAACACAGCACUUGCUACACCAAUCUUCUUUGAUUUUUGUAAAGAUUCACAUGGGGCUAUGAAAAGAAGACACCUGAAGGUUAGUAACAUAUUAAAUUUAUCCUGUGAAGAAUGUAUCAUUGUUGAAUUUGAUGAUGUUGCACCAGUUGGAGAAGCACAAGGUCUUCUUGCAGGUUUUUGUGGGCUUUCAGCUACUGACAGCUCUAUUUUUCCAAUUGGCUUUGUGAAAUGGAAUGAUUUACCUCCCCAAUUUUCUUUUGAAACAACCGAGUCAAUUGCACGACGCUAUGCUUAUAAUUCUAUUUCAAGAAAGUGGGAUUCAAGGAGGCUAAAGUUAUGGGAUAAUACCUUUGACCCGCUUAAGAGUAGAUCUAAACUUAUGGCUAAUGUUCCCAGUGGAAUUUCACCAGAUCAAUGGACUUCUUAUGUUGAUUAUCUUUUGGACAAGAAAACGCAGGUAUGUUCUUAAAUACUUUAUUUGGAGCUGAACAUAUUGUUUGUAUAUUGAAUUCAAGUAUUUCUUUUCAAGAAAAUGUGCAAGCAAAAUGUUGAAAACCAAAAGAAACAAACUAUUCCACACACUAGUGGCUCCAAAUCUAACGUGAGAAGAAGAGCUGAAAUGAUGGUUGAGAUUGGACAUAAGCCUGGACGAGCAGAACUUUAUCUUGCUAUUCAUAAGAAAGAAGAUGGAUCAUACGUGAAUGAGGCAUCAAAAGAGAUUUGU